AGCUUCAUUAAAGUGGAGCUGUUGUUCACAGCAUCACAGCAUCACACGUCUGUAGAAAUCGCUGAAUUUGAUGCGUGGCUAGCCUACUUUGUGUAAUGACAUUUUUUUCGUUACUUGAAAAACCAUGUGACGUAGUGAAUCUCCACAAUACUACUAUGCACAACAGCCACGCAACAGAUGCUUGGCUUGAAGGGACCGGGCGCACAAGUAAAGGACUGGCAAAUAAUGCACUGUUUCAAGAGGGAUGGCUGUUUACACAAACCAUACUUUUGGAAGGUUCUUGGAUUAUUGCAAAAAUACUUUAUUUCUCUUUUGGACCCACUAGAACAGUGUCGCUCAUGACACUUAUUUUCGAAGACCGACCUAAUGUUCUGACAUAUUUGCGGAGAUGAAUUCGUACUACAUAGUAUUUGAGAUAUUAAUAGCAAUAUUGUCCAUAUCUGGCAAUGUAUUGGUUUGCUGGUCUGUCGCCAUCAACACCACUCUGAAAACAGCAACUAACUACUUUUUGGUGUCUUUGGCUGUGGCAGAUAUUUUGGUGGGUUGCCUUGCCAUCCCCUUUGCCAUAACAAUAAGCAUCGGUAUCCUUUUGGACUUCUAUGGAUGUCUUUUUCUUGCCUGUUUUGUUUUGGUACUGACUCAAAGCUCAAUUUUCAGCCUCCUUGCAGUUGCAAUUGAUAGAUAUUUGGCCAUCAAUAUACCCCUCAGGUACAAGGAGCUGGUGACAGGCACGAGGGCCAGAAGAAUCAUUGCUAUUUUAUGGAUCCUGUCCUUUGUCAUCGGCCUCAUCCCUUUCCUGGGUUGGAACCUGAAGGUUUCUUCCUGCCGUCAGAAUGUCUCCAGCAGCCUGACAAAUGGCAGCUCUGUGGGGGAAACCAGUACCACUAUUGCCCCUCUGGUGGACGAUCUGAGCAGCAUCAAGCUCACCUGCCAGUUUGAGAAUGUGGUGGACAUGCACUACAUGGUCUAUUUCAACUUCUUUGGCUGCGUCCUGCCUCCUCUGCUUAUCAUGCUGGGCAUCUAUGUGAAGAUCUUCACUGUGGCCCGCAAACAGAUGCACCAAAUUGAGCUCAAGUGCUCGGUGAGCAGCAAUAGGGGCAGCCACCAUCACGGGCUGCUUCAGCGCGAGAUCCGUGCGGCCAAGUCUCUGUCCAUCAUUGUGGGGCUGUUUGCCCUCUGCUGGCUGCCCGUGCACAUCCUCAACUGCCUGACCCUGUUCUACAAGGACCUGUACAAGCCGGCCCCAGUCAUGUACAUAGCCAUCAUGCUGUCGCACGCCAACUCCGCUGUCAAUCCCAUUAUCUAUGCCUACCGCAUCCAGGACUUCAGGAACACCUUCCGCAAGAUCCUGACGCGUCAAGUCCUGUGUCAGAGGGAGGAGCUCUACCUCCACUCCUCCAAUGGAAGCAGGCGGAACAGAGACCAGAUCCACAUGACCAUUGACCCAUUACUCUGAGGGGUGGGUUGCAGGGGGCAUGAGUCUUUACUGUAAGGGCAAGCAACAGGGGCAUGAGGCUACUAGUCCUGCCUACAUGUCCUGCCGACCAUUGACCCUUUACUUCAUAGGUGGGGCCACAGGUCAGCCGUGUAGCUCAAAACACUACCUGUGUUCAUGUUUUUGUUGUAUUUAAUUUUUGAAUGGCAUUUUAAGUGAGAUUAGAAAUGUUUACAGAACAAAGCAUGGUGGUAUAAUGAUAUACAGUGCCUUGCAAAAGUAUUCAUCCCCUUUUGUGUUUUUCCAUUUUGUUGCAUUACACAACCUGUAAUUUAAAUUGAUUUUUAUUUGGAUUUCAUGUAAUGAAAAGUCAUGCAUGCAUAUGUAUUCACCCCUUUGCUAUGAAGCCCCUAAAUAAGAUCUGGUGCAAUCAAUUGUCGUCAGAAGUCACAUAAUUAGAUUGCACACAGGUGGACUUUAUUUAACUAAGUGCCACAUGAUCUCUCACAUGAUCUCAGUAUACAGUAUACACCUGUUUUGAAAGGCCCCAGAGUCUGCAAUACCACUAAGCAAGGGGCACCACCAAGCAAGCGGCACCAUGAAGACCAAGGAGCUCUCCAAACAGGUCAGGGACAAAGUUGUGGAGAAGUACAGAUCAGGGUUGGGUUAUAAAAAAAUAUCAGAAACUUUGAACAUCCCACGGAGCACCAUUAAAUCCAUUAUUAAAAAAUGGAAAGAAUAUGGCACCAUAACAAACCUGCCAAGAGAGGGCCGCCCAUCAAAACUCAUGGACCAGGCAAGGAGGGCAUUAAUCAGAGAGGCAACAAAGAGACCAAAGAUAACCCUGAAGGAGCUGCGAAGCUCCACAGCGGAGAUUGGAGUAUCUGUCCAUAGGACCACUUUAAGCCGUACACUCCACAGAGCUGGGCUUUACGGAAGAGUGGCCAGAAAAAAAGGCAUUGCUUGAAGAAAAAAAUAAGCAAACACGUUUGGUGUUCGCCAAAAGGCAUGUGGGAGACUCUCCAAACAUAUGGAAGAAGGUACUCUGGUCAGAUGAGACUAAAAUUGAGCUUUUUGGCCAUCAAGGAAAACACUAUGUCUGGCGCAAACCCAACACCUCUCAUCACCCUGAGAACACCAUCCCCACAGUGAAGCAUGGUGGUGGAAACAUCAUGCUGUGGGGAUGUUUUUCAUCGACAGGGACUGGGAAACUGGUCAGAAUUGAAGGAAUGAUGGAUGGCGCUAAAUACAGGGAAAUUCUCGAGGGAAACCUGUUUCAGUCUUCCAGAGAUUUGAGACUGGGACGGAGGUUCACCUUCCAGCAGGACAAUGACCCUAAGCAUACUGCUAAAGCAACACUUGAGUGGUUUAAGAGGAAACAUUUAAAUGUAUUGGAAUGGCCUAGUCAAAGCCCAGACCUCAGUCCAAUUGAGAAUCUGUGGUAUGACUUAAAGAUUGCUGUACACCAGCGGAACCCAUCCAACUUGAAGUAGCUGGAGCAGUUUUGCCUUGAAGAAUGCCAAGAUUAUAGAGACAUACCCCAAGAGAUUUGCAGCUGUAAUUGCUGCAAAAGGUGUCUCUAAAAAGUAUUGACUUUGGGGGGGUGAACAGUUAUGCACGCUCAAGUUUUCCGUUCUUUUGUCUUAUUUCUUGUUUUUUUCACAAAACAUAUUUUGCAUCUUCAAAGUGGUAGGCAUGUUGUGUAAAUCAAAUGAUACAAACCCCCCAAAAAUCCAUUUUAAUUCCAGGUUGUAAGGCAACAAAAUAGGAAAAAUGCCAAGGGGGUGACUACUUUAGCAAGCCACUGUAUGAAGCUGAAUAGAUUAAUCUGUCAAAUAUGCCUUGAAUGUGGAGCGUUAUUUAUGAGUUAAGAUGAGUAUUAGGCCAGGUGAUAAAAAGCUAGCCUGGUCCCACAUCUGUUUGUGCCGUCUUACUAACUCCUAUGGUCAUUGUCAUGGCCAUAGGAGUUAGCAAGACCACACAAACAUCUGGGACCAGGCUAGUGAAAAUCGGAGUCUUAUUUACUUUAAAGCUGGAAUCUGGAAUUGGUAAAACUGCCACGUCGGUUUGCGAUGUUAAAAUAACAGUUACUUCAAACAACAAAUAUGUUUUCCCCCUCUGACAUCAUUGCACGCACGAUAGAACAGCAGAGUAUGUAUGCCUACUGCAAUUGUUUUUACUACGAUGCUGGAUGCUCCUCUCCUCCGUUUCAUCAACAAAACAAAAACAAUAACACAUGCUCUGGGGCGAACAGUGGCACUGUUCUACCUAAUGCGGAUUCCAGCUUUAACUGUUGAAGGAUUUUUAUUUCCUUUUGUUGAAGCUAACUGGAUUUUCAGGACUGUGAAAUGAAUCCACUGAUGAAUCCAUUACUAUGAGAACACCUAAUUUACCAUUCCUUCACAUUGACCAUAUCAUAACUUAAAACACACAUUUUUCUAAGCCUUAACUUUCCAAACAUAAUAUGCAUCAAGUGUUCAAUGUUUACCGUUUGGUAUUUGAUUAGUCAUGUAGCUCAAAUUUGAGAAACCUGGCUGAGGUGUGUAUUGUAUUGUUCGUCAUGGGCUAUAUCGGACUUCUUCAUUACUGGUGUUGCAUAAAAACAUAUAUAGGAAACUCUGCCCAGUGGAACCAGUUUUGACUCAACAGCAACAUCUCAAGUGAGAGGACACACACAGCACAGCUCGGAUUGGGAAAGUAUUCUUACACAUAAUAUAAACUUGUGGUGUUAUUGUGCUCUGCUUGAAUCUUGAAAAUGUCAUGGCUUCUAUAGUUCAUGGAGAAAGCUCAGGAAUAUACAGUAUGUGGUGGGCAGACUGAGUAAUGAGUAAUCUAAAAUUCAGAAACAGGAUAUUUAGAGAUUCGCAAGAAAAUCAUGUCAACCUUACAAAUGCCUCAUUAUUUGAAAUUCUUGAUGACUUAGUUAUGUAAUCUCCCUUUAAAAUGAUAGAUUUACAUUGUUAUUCUUAACAAAAUGCUGACAUAUUUUUUGGGGCUCUUGUUCAACAUAGCCUAAAUCAUAUCAGAAAACAAAUAUGUGUUACUUAUUGUUAUACAGUUGAAGUCAGAAGUUUACAUAUACCUUAGCCAAAUACAUUUUAACUCAGUUUUUCACAAUUCCUGACAUUUAAUCCUAGUAAAAAUAACCAGUUUUAGGUCAGUUAGGAUCACCACUUUAUUUUAAGAAUGUGAAAUGUCAGAAUGAUUUAUUUCUGCAUUUAUUUAUUUCAUCACAUUCCCAGUGGGUCAGAAGUUUACAUAAACAAUUUAAAGGCAAUGCUACCAAAUUGAGUGUAACUUGGGUCAAAUGUUUCGGGUAGCCUUCCACAAGCUUCCCAUAAUAAAUUGGUUGAAUUUUGGCCAAUUGAGCUGGUGUAACUGAGUCAGGUUUGUAGGCCUCCUUGCUCACACACCCUUUUUCAGUUCUGCCCACACAUUUUCUAUAGGAUUGAGGUCAGGGCUUUGUGAUGGCCACUCCAAUACCUUGACUUUGUUGUCCUUAAGCCAUUUUGCCACAACUUUGGAAGUAUGCUUGGGGUCAUUGUCCAUUUGGAAGACCCAUUUGCGCCCAAGCUUUAACUUCCUGAUGUCUUGAAAUGUUGCUUUAAUAUAUCCACAUAAUUUUCCUGCCUCGUGCCAUCUAUUUUGUGAAGUGCACCAUUCCCUCCUGCAGCAAAGCACCCCCACAACAUGAUGCUGCCACCCCCUUGCAAGCCUCCCCAUUUUCCUCCAAACAUAACGAAGGUCAUUAUGGCUAACCAGUUCUAUUUUUGUUUCAUCAGACCAGAGGACAUUUCUCCAAAAAGUACAAUCUUUGUGCAGUUGCAAACCGUAGUCUGGCUUUUUUAUGGCGGUUUUGGAGCAGUGGCUUCUUCCUUGCUGAGCGGCCUUUCAGGUUAUAUCGAUAUAGGACUCAUUUUACUGUGGAUAUAGAUACUUUUGUACCUGUUUCCUCCAGCAUCUUCACAAGGUCCUUUUCUGUUGUUCUGGGAUUGAUUCGCACUUUUUGCACCAAAGUACGUUAAUCUCUAGGAGACAGAACGCGUCUCCUUCCUGAGCGGUAUGACGGCUGCGUGGUCCCAUGCUGUUUAUACUUGCGCACUAUUGUUUGUACAGAUGAAUGUGGUAGCUUCAGGCAUUUGGAAAUUGCUCCCAAGGAUGAACCAGAUUUGCAGAGGUCAAUUUUUUUUUUUGAGGUCUUGUUGAUUUUCCCAUAUCUAGCAGAGGCACUGAGUUUGAAGGUAGGCCAUGAAAUACACCCACAGGUACACCUCCAAUUGACUCAGGCUAAUUGACAUGAUUUAUCAGAAGCUUCUAAAGCCAUGACAUCAUUUUCUGGAAUUUUCCAAGCUAUUUAAAGGCACAUUCAACUUAGUGUAUGUAAACUUCUGACCCACUGGUAUUGUGAUACGCGAAAUAAUCUGUCUGUAAACAAUUGUUGGAAAAUGUACUUGUGUCAUGCACAAAGAUGUCCUAACCGACUUGCCAAAACUAUUGUUUGUUAACAAGAAAUUUGUGGAGUGGUUGAAAAACGAGUUUUAAUGACUCCAACGUACGUGUAUGUAAACUUCCAACUUCAACUGUAUAUUACACAUCUGAAUGUCACCCUCUUCCCUUGGCAUCCCUAGAUAAAUACAACCCUCACAUGGACUAACACACACACACACACCUCACAUGGACACAGCUGUGAUCGUUUGCCCACAUGGCAAAUUCCUGCAUCCUGGAACAAACCAGGCAGCUUUUAAUACUCAAUAUUGUCAAACUGUCGGAUCAACCACUUCCACGGUGUACGGUCUGCCCUUGUCCUAGCAUAGCAGCUAAGAGCCAUGUGGCUCCAUCCCCCUCACUCAGUAAGAACUCCUAAAUACAUCACUUCACUACACCAAGCCAAAUCAGUCAAUGCAAUGCUGAGGAGAUCCCUCUUUGUUGAAUGAAACAAGUUUCCAGGGUUGGGGUUGCUCUGUAAUUCCAAUUCUUGAAUUUGAAUUGGCCACACCUGACAGGAAGCAGCAAUUGAAUUGAAUUUGCAUUAAAGAAAGUUUAAUUAAAUUAAAUGUUUUUAUUUUGAAUUGCUUUGGAUUAUAUUCCACUUCCUUCAAUUAAAAUGAAAUUAAAAUCCUGCUUCUUUUGGGGUGUGGCCUAUUCAAAUUAAAUUCAGAAAUGUUGAAUUGACACAAACCCUGCAGGGAACGCUAGGCCUAACGAGAUUGUAGGGUUGACAAGUGCUUGUUCUGUGAAAGACAAAAAUAUGCUUAAUUGUUGUAAUUAUAUUUUUGUACCAGUGAGUCUGACACAGUGUUGUUAAAUAGACGGUGCAUCGUUCUCGGUUUGAAGAUGUCUCUCCCUGUACUUGACCACCAACUGAUGAGCUUGCCUUUGUUGUGUUGGUUGGCAUUGUGGACAAUGGCCUCUUUUCUAAGAAGCUGUGACAGUCUAUUUUCCUUUCAACUGGCUGAAAUUAGAUGUGGUUUUCUAUCAAAAACAGGAAACCAGACCUCCACAAAAUAAAUCCAGUUUAACGAGACCCAGUUUGGAUGUGACGGCACACAAUCUGUGCUAAAAUUAAGGUGGUUUUCCUCUGCUAUGAGAAGGGCCUCCUUGCUGUGAUAUUAAACUGUGUUGUGUACUGUUUUUGUGUUCACAAAGUUAGAUUGAACGGGAUCUUAAGCACUUACAAAUUUGUACAAACAUACUGUACGAAUUGGAAUUCGUAACUUAUCAUAUAAACGUCAGGAGAGGAAAACAAAUUGCAGGAUGUAACAUAUUGUGAAAAUGUCAUUGCGAGUUUUCGAUAGUGAGCACUACUUUCAAAACUACUUCCUGAAAUGAUACAAAACCUCUGUAGUAUCACUUUAACUUCUAAAAGGAAUUUAAGACAAGUGUUGUCUUAGCACAGGGUCCAACAAAUACAGUAUUUCCAUUGUGUUUAAUUUCUUAGUUUUUCCAUUUCUUCACCAUACACAUCAACCAUCACCUCUACAACUUCAAGGGCUAAACUAUAGGAGUGUGCCAAACUUCAAGUACAUUCCAUUGGGGACUGCACUGUACUGGUAUUACUAUUAUGUGUUCAUUCAAAUGUGACCUUAGCAUCAAGAUAAGGGUUCAAUUCCAUUACAAUUCAGUAAACUCAAAUUCCAAUUCCCCAAAUGCUUCUUACUGAGAAAAAUGUGGAAUUGGCGUUUGUUUACUUCCGGAGUUGAUUGAAUUGAAAUGGAAUUGCCCCAACCCUGCAACAUACAGUGGGUUGUAAAAGCCUUCAACAAGCCUGACUUGUGAAUGAAGCCUUCCUACAAUUUAAGAAGAAAACCAUACAAGAACAAGCUGAUGUAGUUUUCCAACCUGUGCGUUUGCAAAUGUGUUACAGUAUUGAUGUCGCUAACCUAACCAGUAGCCUAAACAGUCAACUGUGGUUCAAAUCAAAGUGUAUUGGUUGUGUACACAGUUUUGCUGGUGUUAUAGUAGGUGCAGCGAAAUGCCUAUGUUAGUAGCUCCAACAGUGCAGUAGAAUGUCUGAACAUCAAUGAUGUUCAAUUAUUAUUUCACCUAACUGACAACUAAACCAAUACUGCUAUUUAACAUGAGAAAAAUCUGUAUGGUGAAUUAUUUUGUCAAUAAAAGCUAUGUAUGACUUGCCUGGUUAAAUAAAAAAUACAAAUAAAAUGUUCAUAUUGUUACAA